AUGUCAGGACAGCUCUGUGACCCAAAGUCAUUAACAAGUGUGCUAUCCGCCCUAAGUGGUGGUGCUAGUUUUGCAGCAAGUUUAGUCGCAUCAUUUCCUCAGGUGAUAGAGACUUAUCAACAAAAAUCUGUUGAAGGUAUAUCAGUGUUAUUCAUAGGAAUAUGGGUUGUUGGUGAUCUGACAAGUCUUGUUGGUUGCUAUUUAACUAAACAAUUACUUUUCCAAUACGUCCUUGCUUUGUACUAUGUGCUGUGUGAUUUUGUAUUAUGUGGUCAAUAUUAUUAUUAUGGAUAUUAUCUCAAAAAACAUCCUCAUUUACAUCCUCAUUACCGUCGCCAACAUAGCCAUAGUCACCAAGGCGGUGAACACAAUCAUAACACAGAUGAACAUGAUGUUAAUAUCAAUUAUGGUAGUCAUAAUAAGAGACAAAAUUCUAAAAGUUCGUUAGGCAAAGCCGCUAUUGGAGCUGCUGUUAUUGCAUCAAAUGUCGGACAAGGUCAUGCAUUACCAAUUGGUAUAAAUAAUGUUUUGCCUUCACAAAUUGGUGGAUAUGAAAUAGAUCCAAAGACAUAUGGUAUAAUAUUUGCAUGGAUAGGCGCAGGAUUAUAUUUUUUUGCAAGAGUUCCUCAAUUAAUCAAAAAUUAUCAAAGAAAAUCAACAGAGGAUUUAUCACCUGUGUUAUUUGCAUGUACGCUGUUUGGUAAUAUAACAUAUACUGCAUCAAUUUUAUUAAGCUGCGAAUUUGUUUAUGAUGUUGAUCACAGAUGGGAAUUUUUCAUCAAUGAAUUACCAUAUAUAAUUGGUAGUGCAGGUACAAUUGUUUUCGAUUUAACAUAUUUUUAUCAAGUGUGGUUAUAUAAAGGUCAAAACAAAAAGAAAAACUCAGAAACUCAACCAUUAUUAGCAUCGAAUUAA